UCCCUUUGAAAAAAUCCAUUUUUUCAAUUCUUGUGUGUAGUUUAGUGUAGUUUUGGUUCCUUCUCUAUAUCUGAAGUCAAACUUUAAUUUUAUACAUAAUUGUCCGAACUUUCAAAUCCCAAACAAAUCUUUAACCCUCGAUACAUGGCAGAUAUUAUAAUUUGGAUCAAACUACUACCCAUUUCAGAUUUUUAAUCUUAAUUAAAAAAUAAAUAUAUUAUCAUGGUUGCAGUUGACCCAAAAUUGAAAGGGAUUGGACAACAACGAGGAUUACAAAUUUGGAGAAUUAAUAAAUUUGCUUUAGAAGACAUGCCAAAAGAGCAAUAUGGCAAUUUUUAUAGUGGAGAUUCUUAUAUUAUUUUAAAUACUAAAAAUGUUGGAGAAUGGGACGUUCAUUUCUGGUUAGGAAGAAAUACUUCCCAAGAUGAAAUGGGCACUGCAGCAAUUAAAACUGUUGAAUUGGACGAUUCUUUAAAUGGAUUGCCUGUUCAAUAUAGGGAGUUGCAAGAUCAUGAAAGUGCUUUGUUUCUGAGUUACUUCAAAGAUGGAAUUAAAUAUUUGGAAGGAGGUGUUUCUACAGGAUUUAAACAUGUUGUAGAUGCUUAUGAUAAGUGGACACCAAAAUUAUUUCAAUGUAAAGGAAAGAGAAAUGUUAGAUGUACUCAAGUAAAAUGUGUUAAGGAAUCACUUAAUCGUGGUGAUGUAUUUAUUCUUGAUUUGGGGCUAGAUAUUUAUGUUUGGAUGCCUCCACAGAGUGGACGAUUGGAGCGUUUAAAAGGAAUGCAUCAAGCAAAAAGCAUAAAAGAUAAAGAACGUGCUGGUCGACCUAAAAUUCAUAUAUUGGAUCAAGAUUGGAAUAUAAACGACAGAUUUUGGAGUCAUUUUGGAGGUGUUAAAAAUAUAGAAUGGAUAAAAGCACCAAAAGCUGGAGGGGAUGAUGAUGAUUAUUGGCGUGAAAAUAGGCAGAAUAUUAGUUUGUGGAAAGUAUCCGAUUCUUCUGGAAAAUUGGAAAUAACUCAGAAAAAACAGAGAGGGUUUUGUUUUACAGAUUUGGAAUCUAAAGAUGCUUUUAUUGUUGAUGCUGUUGGUGGGGGACUUUUUGUUUGGAUAGGAAAGGAAUGUACAAUGAAUGAACGUAAAAAAGCUAUGGAAUGGGGACAAGAAUAUUUACGAAAACAGAAAGGCCGUUCACAAAAUGCUCAAAUUAUCCGUGUAUUAGAAGGCGCAGAGCCAGAAUUUUUCAUUCAAUGGUUCACUAAUUGGAAUACAAAAAAGCAAACUGUAGCCUUUAAACCAAAACUAUACCAAUGCUCAAAUGAAUCGGGGAAACUAAAAAUUGAAGAAAUUGCUAAUUUUUAUCAAGAGGAUUUGGAUGGAGACGAUGUUAUGAUUUUAGAUGCAUUAAACACUAUUUAUGUUUGGAUUGGUAAUGGAGCUAAUACACAAGAGAGAGAUGCUGCCAAAAGCACAGCACAAAAAUAUUUGGAAACUGAUAGCAUGCCUCGACACAAAAAAGCAGCAAUUGAAGUAAUUUAUCAAGGAGAAGAACCUCCACCAUUCAAAAAAUUGUUUCCAGAAUGGGAUGAAAAAUUAUUUAAAACGCCAAGAACUGUUGAGAAUAUGAGAAAAUUGCUUUUCAAAUAA